GUUUUCGCGUGCAUCCGCCAAAGUUGGCUUUUUCAUUAAACGUUUGAACGAAAAUCUGUCUAUUUAUUGCCAAAAACUGCGGAAUCCUCAAUUUUGCAACCUUAUUUUUGUGAUUUAGGGGAAGACACUCCCUUUUACAAUGACUCGUCCUGGAGAAAACGGCAAGGAUCGCCGGAGGUCCCGAAGUCGAUCGCACACUCCGGAACGGAAGAAAAAACGUUCACGCAGCCGCGAGAGAAGCGACCGGGGCGAACAACGCGGAGAACGUCCGAAAACGUCCUUCCGCUUCAAGGAGAUUCCAGGCCGGAAUUACCGGGAUCAUCGUGCUAGUCGGGAACAGCGGGACCGGGACCGGGAAAAGGAACUGGAAAGGGAACGAUCUCGGGAGGCGGAACGUAAACGCGAACGUGAGAGGGAACGCGAAAGAUUGAGGGAGCAAGCCACGAAAUAUGCUCAAAGUGUCAGCAGUUCGAGUGGUUCCGGUACUACUAGUGGAGCCCCAGUCCGGCAGUCCAAGUUCGACCAGAAACCCCCGGGCUAUGUUGAGAAGGAAAUCAAGAAACCGGUCAAAGAAGAACCUAAAGAGAAGGAAGACACCUUCGACUUAUCGGCUCCGAUGGACAAAGAGGAAGAGCAGCGCCGUUUGGAGCAGGAAAUGAUUAAACGAAGGGAACGUAUCGAGCGUUGGCGUGCUGAACGGAAACGUAAAGAAAUCGAAAUUAAGAAGCCAUCUAUCUUGACCGGUAUAAACAUACCAAAGAAGUGGAGCUUGGAGGACGACGAAGAAGAUGAUGAGGAUGACGAUAAAGAAAAAAAUAAUAAAAAUGACGAAGAGGAAGAUGAUAUCGAUCCACUGGAUGCUUUCAUGAAGGAAGUGAAUGAAAAGGUUCGCACAGUAAAUAAACUUUCCAAUCCUGGCCCAAAAACUGAAGGCAAAGCUUCAACAAGCUCGGGAGUUACUAUUAUCACUGGGGUGGCUAAAAAGAGUGCGGAAACCGUCAAAAAGGGCGAACUUAUAGAACAGAACCAAGAUGGUUUGGAAUAUUCUUCUGAAGAAGAACAGGAAGAUAUAAAAGACACGGCUGCAAAUCUGGCCAAUAAACAGAAGAAGGAACUAGCCAAGAUUGAUCACACCGGCAUCAAUUAUUUGCCUUUCCGUAAAGCUUUCUACGUUGAAGUUCCCGAAAUAGCCAAAAUGAAACCGGCUGAAGUUGCUGCUUACAAAUCCGAACUUGAAGGUAUAACCGUAAAAGGAAAAGGAUGUCCGAAGCCGAUCAAAACAUGGGCACACUGUGGGGUUUCCAAGAAAGAAUUCGACGUACUGCGGAAGCUGGGUUUCGAUAAACCCACCCCUAUUCAAUGUCAAGCAAUACCGGCUAUUAUGUCAGGACGAGAUUUAAUUGGAAUAGCCAAAACUGGAAGCGGUAAAACAUUGGCAUUUAUUUUGCCAAUGUUUAGACACAUUUUAGAUCAACCUCCGCUUGAAGACGGAGAUGGUCCGAUUGCUAUCAUUAUGACUCCAACACGCGAGCUCUGUAUGCAAAUCGGCAAAGAUAUCAAGCGAUUUGCAAAGUCCAUCAAUCUUCGCGCAGUUUGUGUUUACGGAGGUACUGGAAUAUCUGAACAGAUUGCAGAACUGAAGCGGGGCGCAGAAAUCAUAGUUUGUACUCCAGGUCGAAUGAUUGAUAUGUUGGCAGCCAAUUCUGGUCGGGUGACAAAUCUUCGACGGGUCACCUACGUAGUGUUGGACGAAGCAGAUCGCAUGUUUGACAUGGGUUUUGAACCUCAAGUAAUGAGAAUCAUUGACAACGUUCGACCUGAUCGACAAACCGUUAUGUUCAGUGCAACAUUUCCACGGCAAAUGGAAGCACUAGCAAGGCGAAUUCUCCAGAAGCCUAUUGAAAUUCAGGUCGGAGGUCGCUCUGUAGUUUGUAAAGACGUCGAACAGCAUGUUGUUGUUUUAGAAGAAGACGCUAAGUUCUUCAAACUGCUGGAACUGCUCGGUUUAUACCAAGAACUUGGUAGCAUCAUAGUAUUUGUCGAUAAACAGGAAAAUGCGGAUAUUUUACUGAAGGAUCUGAUGAAAGCUUCCUAUCCAUGCAUGAGUUUACACGGUGGCAUUGAUCAAUUUGAUCGUGACUCGACUAUUAUUGAUUUCAAGCAGGGUCGUGUCAAACUGCUUAUUGCGACUUCGGUGGCAGCCAGAGGUUUGGAUGUGAAGCAACUCAUUCUCGUGGUUAACUAUGACUGUCCAAAUCAUUACGAGGAUUACGUUCACAGAUGCGGACGAACAGGUCGAGCUGGGAAUAAGGGAUUUGCAUGGACAUUCCUAACACAUGAUCAGGGGCGGUUUGCCGGUGAAAUUGUAAGGGCUUUAGAGCUUUCAGGCGGCACCAUUCCAGACGAUUUGCGAAUUCUCUGGGAAACGUACAAGACGGCUCAAGAAGCCGAGGGUAAAACCGUCCACACCGGGGGUGGUUUCAGUGGCAAAGGAUUCAAAUUCGAUGAACAAGAGGCUGCUGCUGUCAACGAACGUAAAAAGUUACAGAAGGCAGCAUUGGGUCUGCAGGAUUCAGAUGAUGAGGAUGACCUAGAACAGGAUAUUGACCAGCACAUCGAGAGCAUGUUCGCUACCAAGCGAAUUGUUAAGGAAGUAGAAGCCCCAGUUAUAACGCAAACGAUUGCAGCCCCAGUACCAACCACGACUAACUCAGACAAGUUGGAAUUGGCCAAAAGGCUGGCUUCUCGAAUCAAUAUGCAGAAAAAUUUCGGCUUGGAAGCCAAAGGCGCAACUCAGCAAGCUGCAGAAGCUAUUCUCAAAGGUGGCAAUACUCAGCAGCUUAUUACGGCCAAGACUGUUGCUGAACAGCUGGCAGCAAAAUUGAAUAACAAACUAAAUUAUCAACCCAAGGACGAAGAAGAACCGACCCCUGAAUCAAACGAAACGGUCUUCCGAAAGUACGAGGAAGAGCUGGAAAUCAACGAUUUCCCCCAGCAAGCUCGAUGGAAAGUCACGUCAAAGGAAGCGCUGGCUCAAAUUUCGGAAUACUCCGAAGCUGGUCUCACGGUGCGCGGUACUUAUGUGCCUCCAGGUAAGAACCCACCUGAAGGCGAACGUAAGCUUUAUCUGGCCAUCGAGAGUUGCAACGAGCUGGCGGUGACCAAGGCGAAGCGGGAAAUUACUCGACUAAUCAAGGAAGAGCUGCUUAAGCUGCAAGCCUCUUCACAUCAUAUUAUCAACAAAUCGCGGUACAAGGUGCUGUAGAGGGAUGUAAGUAUCUCAUAAAUUUUCAAUUAAUAGAACUUCAACAUGGGAAAACAAUAUUUAAAAGUUCGCAAAAUAUUACAUUCAACUAAUGAAAA